GGUUGUUGUGGAGGUUGUGGAGGUUGUGGAGGAUUGACAUUUGCAUCCUCCCCAAAAGGGAUGUGCUUCUGGCACAUGCAUGGACUGUACAAUGUACAGUACAUUACUGUAUAUCGGCCGACGGACCUAAAUAGACAGCCAUAACAUCACUCAUAUAACUACUCUAAGUUUGCAUGAAUUUUGAUCCGUGCCUCGUUUGCUCGAGAAUUUUUGCGUGCGUUGGAAGAGCUCAUCGUCAUGGCGCCGAAUACGAGGCUAUUAUUCUUCAGUCGCAAAUCCGCCGCCGAUAGGCUGUGAAAACCGAAAACGUCCCCCCACACGUUUUAGAAUACGGCAGUGGCUUUCCAUUAUUGAUGAUUAGUAGCUAGUGGAAGGGCGCAAAGCAUCGGUCAACGUCAAAAAUUAGUGGCGGAGUUUGUCAAAAAGUGCGCCGGUGGUAGCCCUGGAAUAACAAGCCCCAGACUUGCCCCUCCAACCAGAGGAGUCAUACACAAACGAGCAAAAACAUUUAAGGCUGAGAGUCUCCUCAGCUUUUCUGGGUUUCCAAUUCUUCCGUGAUUCAGCCCGUCCUGCUCUGAAUCUAUACAAUCCUUGAUAAGCAUUUUGGAUACUCCGUGCCGAAAAGAGUGCCUUUAUCCAGCUGUUACCUCUCUUGUAUAUAUCGAAGGGUAUAUACCUAUAUCACGUUUGAAGCUACGCCAUCGCGUCACAGUACCAGGUUUGGAACAAUUGAGACAAUGGGGAAGUCACUGGUUUAUCCAAAACUCCCCAGGAGCGCAUUGAACCGGUACAAACACCGGGGAACCUACGACUUGGGCCAAAUUCACUCCAUUGUCAAUGAAUCUGCCGUCCUACAUGUUGCCUUUCCCGCAGGCCCUGACGAUCCAUUCCCGGCCGUCCUUCCCAUGAUUGGCCAGAUGGGCUCAUUCGAAUAUCCGUCCGCAGACAUAAAUGAGCCUCUGGACUGCUACCUGCAUGGCUACGUCAGUUCGCGAAUCAUGAAUCUUGCUCGAGCUACCAACGGCGAGGGCGAGAACCCGGGGCUCCCAGUCUGCAUCUCCGCCGCACACGUGGAUGGCUUCAUCCUCUCCCUCACCCCUAACUCGCACAGCUACAAUUACCGCUCAGCCAUACUGCAUGGGUACGCCCAAGUUGUCACAGACGAGGCGGAAAAGCACUGGGCCAUGAAAAUAGUGACCGACGGCGUCGUGGAGAAUCGCUAUGAUAAUACGCGCGUGCCGCCCAACAAGGUAGAAAUGACGUCGACGUCGAUACUACGGGUGAGGAUUGUGGAUGGCAGUGGGAAGAUCAGGGAUGGUGGUCCGUCGGACGAUACGGACGACCGUGAGGAUAAAGAGCUUACAAGCAGAGUAUGGACGGGAGUGGUACCUGUUUGGCAGGAGAUGGGGGAGCCGAUUCCCGCACCGGAGAAUGAGGUGGAAGAGGUUCCGGAGCAUAUUAAGAGGUUUAUAGAGAAGGUUAAUGGGAGGAAUAAGGCGUAUGCUCGUGGCGCUGCGGUGGCUGGGUUGCCAAAGAAAGAGAAACAUUAAUGUUGUGUUGGUUUUUUUUUAGAAAAAAACAUAGGUAUAUAUAUGUUUAUAAAUAUGCAAGAAGGCAGUCUACGGAGUAAAUAGGGGCUAGAAAUGGACACCACAGCGUACUGUGUAUAGAUUAAUGGGUAGGCUUGCAUAACGUAUAACUACUUCCACAGCAAUUAAGAGUGAGAAUAAAUAUCCUUCAUAAUGGUUUUGAAUUGAAAUGUAUGAACCUGUCUGGAUUCUAAAUGAGUUCACAGCUUCGCCGGCAGUUACCGUCUUGUUAGGUAAAUUGGGAGAUAAAUAUUUUGACGGGAGCGGAGUUAGUUAGUUAAACC